CCAAAACCUAUUUCAUGUUAGCUUUAGUGAAAAUCUAGAAUCUUCCUCAACCCUUCUUCGAGAACUCAGCUCUUGCUCUUAAACCCUAAAUCCUAAUCACAUGCAAUAUCCCGAGAAGAGCAGAGGAGAAGCGACAGCUACCAAUUUAGCUCCAGUUACCUUGUUCAAACCUCGUCAAGUUCUACUCAAUUCUUACUCAAAUAUGAAUCAACCUUCUGAUCAAUCAAGGCUUAUUCUUCUGCAAUCCAUUUGCCAAUUCCUUGAACGAAAUGGGUUCCCUAAAACCCUCAAGAAAUUCUUCAAAGAAGCACAUAUAGAGAAAGAGAGCUGGAAAAAUUCUGUACCAAAUUUGGAAGAAAUGUGUUUCCAACAUAUUAAGAAGUGGAAUGAUGCCAAAGUUAGUGAUAACGCUGGCAAAGAGCAAGCUACUAACACGAAAGACAAAGUCAAUGAUGGGAAAAAGUCCCAAACAAAAGUAGAAAAUCCGCUCGUUGAUGGUUUCGAUGAUGUAAAAGCUAAUAAGAAGAAGAAAAGCAAGAGUGAAAAUAACAAGGAUGAAGAUGUCCUGUUGAGUGUGUCAAAUGAACAUCAAAAGAAGUCUAAGGACAAGAAGCAUAAAGACGAAUCUCAUGAGAAGAAAGAGGAAAUGUCUGAUUUGUCAGAAGUGGAAACAUUAGAAAAAGUUGAUGAUGUUUCAAAGAAAGAUAAGAAAGAGAAGUCCAAAAGCAAGAAAAAGAAAGAAGCUAUUGUUGUAGAGAAUACAAAUGAUGAUGUAGGGAAAAAACUUUCAAAGAAGAGAAAGAAGCCUGCAUCUGAAGAAGAUGAAACUGGAGGUGUUGAAAAGGAAGUAUUUGAUGACUCCAAGCGUAGGAAGAAAGAUAAUAUAGAUCAAUCAAAUGGAUCUAAAACACCUGAUGGCUCCGUCAAUGGAGUUUUGGAAAACGAUAAAAAAGAAUCAUGGUCGAAAGACAAAACAAAGCUAAGCAAUGGUUCCUCUGAGCCAAGAAGCGCUGCUAAUGCAUUCCGGAGGGUAAAGGAGGAGGAGGUUGAAUUCGUAGAUGAAAGGCUUCAAGAUAAUUCUUAUUGGGCUAAGGAUGGUGCUGAAUCUGGCUAUGGUGCAAAAGCACAGGAAGUUUUGGGGCAAGUUAGAGGAAAGGGUUUUCGGCAUGAGAAGACCAAGAAGAAACGUGGAAGCUACAGAGGAGGGCAAAUUGAUUUGGAGUCCCAUUCAAUUAAGUUCAAUUAUGAUGAAGAUGAAUGAGAAAUUUUUUUACGGUCCUUUCCUUUGCAUGGAGCAAUGGACUAGGACCUGAAAAAUUUUUGGUAGAAUGCUUUUCCCCAAAAUUGUUGUACAACAAAUUGUGGAUUAUCUAUUACUUGUAUUUGGGAUAAAUUGUUCUAUCCUUGCAUUUAUUCACAGCCAUGAUGACGGUUACUCUUUUGGUUA